UUUCAGGACCAAGUCGACGGUGGAAAGUGAUCGUGUGAAGUGGGCACGAAUCUUUGAGCAGGGUGUACACUGCACUUCUUCGAGCAGGCCAAAAGCUUCUUCGGAUACAGCUGCAACUCUUCCAAAGAGGGGAAUGAGAGAAUACGAAAGUUAUCUCGUUGAUAUACGCUGUGCUUGUAUAGAUUGUAACAUCGAUCGACGCCGUGUAAAUGAGUUCACUCGUGAUGGUUCCUCGUUGUACGAUGUAAAGGAAGAUCGAGAAACGAGUGAAAGACUCGGAGUGCAAGGAAUAGGCGAAGGAUAUGUUCGAGCCAGUAGCGCGUUUGUGGCGGAGCCAAUGUCACGGCUUGAACGUUUGAGAUACAAAAUUAUUGAGGACAGUUUCUCCUGAAUGGCCGAGGAACGAUGAGCCAACGAUUUAUCGGUUGAGACACUGAAACGGAGUGUGAAUCUAUGUUGCCAAAAAUAAAAAACGACAGCGGAGAAACACACGAGAAUAAUACAAGUGCGAGGAUUCGUAAAAAUACCUUAACCAGGCUCUUUGUCCCUGAUGGAAAAGGCAGCUGUUUACUCUGAAAAAAGUAUUGGAAAAAUAAAUUUGUGUUCGAUCGAAGAUAUUUGCCGGUGCAAAAGAGGAUCAGACCUUAAUUCGAUAAACUAAUUACCUAAUAUGCUUCGCCCUCUCUCCUCGCCAAUUUUUUUUUAUCUCCGGUUAUCAAUUAAUUGGGCUAGACCGCGGAGGCACGAAGAAUCCACUGUGGAAGUGGCUCUUCAUUGCACCAAUUAAAAAGCUUCUCGGUCUCUGAAAGAGAUCACGUGGGAGGAUAAAGAUUCGGAAGCCACAGGUCAACAUGCUUGAUAAAUAGGGUUCGUAUUUACGUUGAAAAAAGUUUUUCAUACGACGAGCGAGGCCACUAAUGAAACGUGACUCCCCGCUCAUGCAUUAACAACGCCGAUUUCGAUCCGAAUACACUCGAGGAGCUUUCUAAUAAUUAUGAACGUAAAGUGAAACGAAACUUUUUAUUUCGGGCUUACCAGUUUAUUCCAAAUCCGGGAUCUCAUUUCGCUUGGAAUUAUUCGAUUUAGUGCGGUUAUGUGCAGAACAUUUUAACCGGACUAUCAGCGACAAUAUGCGUGGAUUCCUACUAUGUGUUCUUGGCUUCAUCACAUUUCAUGAUUGUCGAGCCAGCUGGGACGAGUGGUGGACGUACGAUGGCAUCUCAGGACCGUCCUUUUGGGGCUUGAUUAAUCCACAAUGGUCCCUGUGCACGAAGGGAAGACGGCAAAGUCCAAUCAACAUCGAGCCGGACAAACUCCUUUACGAUCCUCACUUAAGGCCGAUGAACAUCGACAAGCACCACAUAUCCGGUCAGCUACAAAACACUGGACAAUUUUUAAUCUUCAAAGUAGAUAAGGACUCGAAACCCGUCAACAUAACGGAUGGGCCUUUGGCCUAUCGCUACCAAUUCGAGGAGAUUUACAUACAUUAUGGUAUGAACAACACUCACGGAUCGGAACACCGUAUAAAUAAUUACGCCUUUCCAGCAGAGAUCCAGAUUUACGGUUUCAAUGCGCAACUUUAUCACAAUAUGAGCGAAGCGCAGCACAAAAGUCAGGGACUCGUUGCAAUUUCGGUUAUGGUACAGUUGGGGUAUACGCUGAAUUCUGAACUUCGAGCGAUAACGAGUGUCUUUAACAACGUACAGUACAGGAGUGACACUGCUUCGGUACGAAAUUUAUCAUUGAAGCAUCUACUGCCUAAAACGGACGGAUACAUGACCUACGAAGGUAGCACGACUCAUCCAGGAUGCUGGGAAACAGCAAUAUGGCUGAUACUUAAUAAACCAAUUUAUAUAACAGCACAGGAGCUCUACGUUCUGAGACGACUGAUGCAAGGUCCGCCUAGCACGCCGAAAGCUCCGCUAGGGAACAACGCAAGGCCACUGCAGGGUCUCCAUCACAGGACAGUGAGGACGAACCUCGAUUUUCGAAAGCAGGAAAAUGCGAAAUGCCCAUCGAUGAAGCAGAACGCACAUUACAGAGCGAACACGUGGCCAGAGGAUGACUCGAGGUCGCACCACGUAGUCUGAAGGGAGAAACAUCGUCAAGGCAUUGUUUCAAUUAUGUAUAAUAAUAUGCCAGGGCGCACGUGCGCACGUGCGUGGGUGCGAGGCGCUGCGUGUGUGCGUAUGUGCGCGCGGGUGUGUGUAAAUAUUUGCGCCAAAUUCGUCAGUAACGUAUUCAGCCCCGAACCUAAGCCGCGUCUAACGUCCGCCAGCUCGAAUUUAUUAGACAGUAUUUCUUUUCGUCGCUCGUCAUUUCCUCCAUUUUUAUUUCCUCUGUUCCGUAUCUCUCAAUUCGUUUUAUUAAAAAUGCGAUUUCAGCUUGGAAUUAAAAUUCCGACGGAAUUAGUACCCUCUCCGAGGGAAUUGCUUGCUUUCGUGAACUUACGUCGAAGCAGACUAAUGAAACUUUUAUUUCUCAUCGAACCAAAGGAACAAUGAUUGGGCGUAUUGUUAAGGAAACACUAAGAAACGUCCCCCUCCGAUUUCGCUGAGGUUUCAACGCGCUGUGGCUCUCUUGUAAGCGCUUAAUAUGUGAACCCUCUGCAAAUAGUUUAAUAAAGAUUCAGAGGACGCGAAGCCUCUGAUCGAGGGGCUUUCGCGCAGGGUGACUGAAAACAGCGAGAACGUUCUUCACCUGCAUCCGCGCGUUCACUCGCUCCGCGGGCUUCCCCUCCACUUUUGAUUAUAUUCGUCUAAAACGUCUUACCGAGGGCAUACGAUCUUAGCGAGAUGGUUCUACUAAUAAUUUCGAAAAAUCUCCUCGCUGAGGUGUCCGGGGCGGGAACGGAGGUCCGGGGACCCUGGAAGCAAGCCUUGACGGAGAUGGAAGGCUCGACGUCCCUGGCCUGUCCGAUCAGACGAUUGAAACGUGAAAGGGAGUGCAAGCAAUAAUGUACAAAAAUAACAACGACGACAAUAUGCCUGAUGUGAAGAUUUUUCGAAAUUUUUCCUGGUUCCAUAGCACCCGUUGGACCUUUUUUUUCCUAUUGAAUCUUCAGCACGUUGAGACCACGAUGUAAUCAUAUAUAGAUAUAUAUUUAUAUAUUAAAUGAUUGGUCAAAAAGCCCCGGAUGACGUUUUAGUGUGUAAUCGAGAGUGCGGAGAGGAUGCCCAAAGGGCGAUGAUUCUUUCGGUUUAUUUCGGUCGUAACUGCCUACCUUAACGGCCCGUAAAGUUCCUCAGCAAUGUAGGACUCCUUAAAACGCUUAACGUCAUUCCUCAAGGGCAUGUAAACAAAUGUGUCUCUUAUUAGCUCGAGACUAUAGCAGCAUGUUCGAAGCUCAUCGGGAUUGGAGUGGGAAGUGACUCGAGGUAAGACCUCGUGAGGAAGGAUUUGAAAUGCUACGACACGAGAACACACACAGGGACACGCGCACCGCGGACGACUUAUUGAGAAGGCUUGAUGAUUUCGUAACAACGUGAGAGCAGAACCAACUCGACUUUGACAAUAGUUGACUGCACCAAAAAGUCUAAGAUAUUUUAUUCUCGGGACAGGAAAAACUCAAAGUUACCUUCCAUUAAGCGCAGAUGUGCUUUCUUUUAGUUUUGAUCUUCCAAACAGAAGUCUGCAGCGGACGAUUCUUUUAUCCGUACAAAAAUCGUUCGCAUGGAGCUGCGAUGGCAAUUGUUGAGAGGCGAGAGCGACGGUGAGAGCGACCGGGGAAUGUGGUAUACUUCGAAAAUUGGGAAAAUCUUUUUUUCUCUCUCUCUUGACAUUUUUUAUAUUAGCCGGCAAGGGAAAAAAGGGAUUUUUUUCGAAAUUUCGACACGGCGUCGAGAUUCCAUCGGUUCGCGGUGCCGAUGAGAAGCCAGCCAGCGUGGGGAAAGCCAAUAGAAAAAAAAGUAUUCGAAAAAACAGCAAGCCACCGGGAGCCCUCGCUCAUCGUAAAAUUGACUUUCGAUCAAGGCUCUGAGCGUAGCUCUUGUCAGCCCCGCAACUCCAAGCGAGGGAGAGUUAGCAAGAAAAAAAGCACCGUCUGCAACGGACUUCGUUCCAGCAAUCAUCCUUAGAAAGAAUAAAAAUGUAUUUUUUAUAUGGAUAGUAUGCAAGAGAUUUUCUAAUCCGCAUUUUCAUUCGUAUUUUUUCCUUUAAAUCUUGAUGAUUUUCAAGGGACUUCAGAUAAUCAAACUGAAAGUCGUACGGUAGUAUCUUUUUACACUUUUUCAUGAAUUCAUUGAGAAAUAAAGUAAAAAAUAAUAAGAAAGAAAAAAUAUAUAAAAAAAAAAAAAAUAACGAAGCCGGGGGGCUUGCCUACUAAAGAAGUGAAUUAAUUUUUUAUCAACCUACACAGUAUAUUUGUCAAUUAAUUGAAACUUUGUCAUUUGGGCAAUAUCUUUAUUUCGCCUCAAAUAAUUAAGAAAAAUCCAUUGCAAAAUGUCUGUUGACUGUUGAUAAAUAAAAAUAAAAAAGAAAAAAAAAAAAAAAAGCCGAUUCGAAAACUGUAAUUGUAGAAAAAUUCAUUCGAAAUCUUGACGAGAAUCUAAAUUAUAUAUCGAAUGAUAUUCCAGUGAAUUAAAGUUAGAGAGAUAUGUCAGGGAUAGAUUAAAACUAGUGAAAAUAGUAAAUACAUUUAAUAGUGUUCUCGUGUGUGCCGUUAGGUCGAGAGUACCGAAGCGCUGCAUUGCAACUUCGAGAUAUCCGAUUCGAUAGUUUUAUCCGCUGCAUGGAUAGACGUCGACUAUGGUGCAAAGAAAAUUCGAAGAGUAAACGAAACUCGAUAUGAGCAUAUGAGCGUUGCUUCCCACCAGUGUGUUAAUGUUGCCAGGCAACAAUACAAAUCCAGAAGAACCAAAACAAAGGGAUGUUGAUAGAAAAAUUUUAAGAAAUAGAUAACCAACAGGGCUUUUGCUGUUUCAAUUACAUGACAAAUUUGUGCAUAUAUACAGCAAAAAAUAAUAAUCAACAAGAGACACUGUUAACAAUUUAAUUAUAGACGAGACAAGACUUUGAACAUUUUUUUCAUAAUCAAAAGAGACGGGUUGACUCAUCGAGUCAGUACGAUUCGUAAAUCACUUCUACUGCAACCACUACGACUCACGUAAAUACAGUUACCACUGAAAACUGUUAAUACGACUACUGCGACGAUAUAACUACACGGAGAAAACGGAUUCGCUUUUUAUAGUGAAAAAUACAUUAUUUUUCAAGAAUUUUCAAAGUCUUUGGACACCGAUUACAAAGAGCACAGUACUUUUUGAAUUCUCCUAUUUUUCGUCUCUUGAAUUCUAAACAGCUUUAUGCGGAUAGCAAAAAGUGAUGCACGUGAGAAAAUUCGUUUUGUUUUCGAGUGUCAAUCAUCGUGUCAGACCAGCACUUACUGAUGAGUGAAAAUUUAUUGUAAAUCACAAAUUUUUACAGUCAGCAUAGUAAAUUCUGUGAUAAACAGGCGAAUAUGCACCGAAUACCUGUGACAUAUUGCCAUAAAUACAGUUUUUUUUCAGACUUGCCUGAGCAUACUUUACAAUGAAACAUUUGAAGUGACUAAAAACAUUUUUUACUAUGCUUAUAGAGAAAAAGACUCUCGAGCCUUUCGAAUAAAAGGUAUGAGUAUUGGUCUUUUUAUUGCGGUGGAUAGAAAAAUUAUUAUAAUUGCUCGUCGAAUUAAUGCUGCAAUCCAGUACAUACUGUCCCCGAAAUACAAUAUUCCUAGUACUGUCCUCUAGAAUUUUCGGCCUCGUUUUCUCCGUGUAUUUUUAUGACUACUUCAACUAUUACUGCUACAACUGUAUUAUUUCUACUCUACUGCUACUCCGACUAUUGUUUUUACUAAAACAACUAUUUCUAUGACUAUUACUACGAGUACAACUACUACAGGUAUGAUUUCUACUCUACUACUCCUACUAUUGCUACUACAACUACAACUACUACUAUCACCACUACUAAUACUACGCUACCUACUAAGUACGAUGACAAAGUUGGGGAGGACACUUCAUAAUAACCAACAGUGCAAUAUAAAUGUAUAACUGUGAGGAGAAUCGUAGUUUAUAAAAAAAAUAAAAUAAAAAUAAAAAUUGUUGAAGUAAUUCAUUGCAACGCUUUUGUAUGCCAUUAAAACGAUAGAGCGAGGAAAUAAUGAUUAAUUACAGUUAACCAAGAAAACAAAUGAAAUAAUACUUAUACGAAGAUGAUAGUAAAGGAAUAUAUGAGCAUGCAGAUCAUACGCGAUAAUGAAUAUGAAAAAGCCAUGGUGCAUAGAAGGGUUGUAUAGAAAUAUACGUGAUAUAUAUUACUAUAAACCAAAAAUUUAAACAAUUAAAAAAUGUACGACUGUGGUUAACAAAUGGAGUUAAUAAUAAAGGGUGCGUUGAAUUAUAAA